AUGGAUUACCAAAAUCGUGCGGGUAAUAAGGGAGCCGGCGUGGCGGGGACGAGCGAGGCCAAUGUGGACCGAAGAGAGCGAUUGCGAAAGCUUGCGCUGGAGACGAUCGACAUCAACAAGGAUCCCUACAUCUUGCGGAACCACUUGGGAUCUUUGGAAUGCCGACUUUGUCUCACGCUGCACACCAACGAAGGUUCUUACUUGGCCCACACGCAGGGCAAAAAGCAUCAGACCAACCUGGCACGAAGAGCAGCGAGGGAAGCUGCUCAGCAACAAACAUUCGCCGAUGCUCAAAGACUCAUCACUGGACCUAAUGCGAAUGCGGUAGAGAAGAAGCGGUUCAUCAAAAUCGGCAGGCCAGGUUACAAGAUCACCAAGGUUAGGGAACCGGUGCUGAGCGGGACCAAUGAGGAAGAAGGUGAAGAGGAGGUUGGAGGAAGGUUGGGUCUGCUUUUUCAGAUUCAUCUCCCAGAGAUCAAGGGAGAUGUGAAACCUCUAUACCGAUUCAUGAGCUCCUUCGAGCAACGAGUGGAACCUCAAAAUCGCGCGUGGCAGUACCUCGUCGUGGCCGCAGAACCGUACGAGACCAUUUCUUUCAAAUUGCAGGCCAGGGAAGUCGAUAAUUCGUACGGAGUGGUCUACUCGUCCAUGGCAGGUGCGAAACCAAAAGAUGAACCUGCUACAUGGAGUCAUUGGGAUCCCGACGUCAAGACGUACACCAUUCAGGUACUCUUUCGCUGAACAUGUGAGACGCUCUGCCAGAUUGUGGGCCCAAGGACUGCUGCUGCUCACACUGCGCCAAUCGCUUGCUCUCAACAAUGCCAUAGCUCAACGUCUCUUGUCCCUUUUCGCUUGUUCCACCACCGCUACACUCGAUCGACUUUCAUGUACUCUUGUCACCAUGACGCCCCGCAGCCUGGCAUGAUGGCCACCUGA